AUGUCGCGUCCAGGCAAUCGGCAGAGUGAGGCGGAGCGCAUCUUCCGUUCAAAAUUUCUCCCGUUGUUGGAGAUGAAAUGGAUCCUCAAGACCGAGGAGAUCAAAUACUUCGGUCUUUUGGCAUGA